GAUCAAACGCUGGAAUUCGCCUGCUUCAACAGACUGAGAGUGCGAAUUGCGUGCACAACAUCGACUGGGAUUGAAAAAAUUUCCAUCCAGCGCCGAUCUUCAUUGAUUCAACUGGGCUGCAAAUGUACAAAAGGCUCUGAAUUCAUCUGAAAAGUUUAUCACGAUUAGUUAUGGAACUUUCUCAUGAUGGAUAUUUUCAAUGGAGAAUAGCCUAUAAAUGUAAGUGAAUGAUUUUAGUAUUAUCUAGCGUGUUGUUCAAGCUGAAGACUGUUUUGAACAUUCGUUAAUGCACUGCUGUAAUUUUCCCAAUAGCUUUUUUAUGUACAAACAAAUAGGGUUGCGUUUAUAAAUACUACUACAUAAGUACCUUUUAUGGGGAGCCAGCCAGUGCCUAAAUCUCCAAGUGAAAUCAAACGCAACACGAGAGCAAACGAGUACUUCGUCUGUGAUUCGUCGUAAGGUAGAUCAGUUUGUCGCCAUGAGUUUAGUUGGAGGGUUUCCCCACCACCCAGUGAUGCAUCAUGACGGCUAUUCCUUCGCUGCUGCAGCUGCUGCCAGCCGCUGUCAUGAAGAAACUCCUUACUUCCAUGGGUGGCUUAUCAGCCAUCCAGAGAUGUCUCCUCCGGACUACACAAUGGCACCCUCGUACAGCCCCGAAUACUCAAACGGAGCCCCCGGGCUCGAUCACUCGCACUACGGAGGAGUACCGGGGGCUGGGGCCGUCGGAAUGGGACCCCGCCCGGUGAAACGUCGUCCCACGGCAAACCGAAAGGAGAGGCGCAGGACUCAGAGCAUCAACAGCGCCUUCGCAGAACUUAGGGAAUGCAUUCCCAACGUGCCCGCAGAUACGAAGUUAUCCAAGAUCAAAACUCUUCGCUUGGCCACCAGUUAUAUUGCUUACCUUAUGGACAUUCUGGACAAAGACGAACAGAACGGGGAAGCAGAGGCCUUCAAAGCCGAAUUCAAAAAGACAGACGCCAAAGAAGACAGGCGAAAGAAGGACAUGAAUGACGUUUUGAAAAACUCAGGGAGCAGCAAUGACAAGAAAACCAAAGGGAGAACUGGUUGGCCGCAGCAUGUUUGGGCUUUGGAACUGAAACAAUGAGACUAAUGCAAAAGACAUCAAAUGAGACCCUCUGAACUCAUUUUCAGUUGUUCUCUCACUUUAUUUAAUGGAAUAUUUAUGUGCAAUUUCCCGCUACGGACAGUGGAUAUUUGAGGAAAAACCAUUCCAUUUUAGAAGGAGGAUACUCUCUUGGUAAGAGACUGUGUGUUGCUGUCUGAUAAUCUUUAUGUUUGUUUUCUUGUCCCAUUGUGAAUCAAAUUUAGAUAUCUGCCACUAAGGAGAACGUGAAGUUGUCUUUCUGUCUAUCACUUUCAGUAUCUCUCUGUCUUUCACCUUCUUGAAUUAUAAGGAGGAUUAGUCGAUGUUAUAAUAUAGUAAAUGUUUUAUCUGAAAAUGUCAUGAAGUGUUAUAAUGUCAUUUUGUGGUCGUAUUGAUUGCUGGUGUCUAAACUGUUGAGUCCACUCAGUGCACUUCCGUCCAGAGACACAAAACAAAAAAAUAUUGGAGAUGUAAGCAAUGUAAUUAAUUCAAUAAACCACUGUGUUUGUAA